GAUGGGGAGAGGGGCUGCCAUCGUGCUUAGCUCCUCCUGUGGGGAGGGGAUGUGUGUGUGGCAGGGGGCUAUCUCUGUUUAGCAGACCACAAACAAGACAGCAAGUCCCUGGGGUCCCACAGGCUGUCCCAUGCCAGACUGACCCUCAGGGAUAAAGUGUAAUGCAAGUGAAGUGUCCACGAGAGGGUCCUUGCCCGAGCAGCUUCCUGAAGUGGAGAUCCAAUUAAGCCAUUAUCAGUUAAAGGGUGCUUGUGCACAGAGACCUGACCCCACCCCACAAAUGCAGCCGCUGCACUCAGAACAUGUUCAUGUCUUGAUUUUGAUAACUUUAGGCUGAAAAUCCCAAAGCUGAGGAACUUGAAACCUGUGCCUGCUUUUCAGGCCUGAGCUGUAGGUCAUCACCAGUGUGGGAGAGGAGAUGGGACCCCCUGAAAGCUGCUGGCAAUGCUGAAAACAGCUGUGUUUGGGACUGUUCUAGGUCAUGGUCCCUGUGGGAGGGUGAGAGAGAAUUGAGCCGAAAUAGCCCCUCACCCCCACACUGAGAUCUGUGUGCCACUGGGUGACCGCAGGGUGGGAUACCCAGGGCAGGCAUGGGACAGACAACUCCAGCUUCAGCCACGUCGUAUUGAUCUGCAGGCAUCAAAAAACAACUGUUAGCCUGCCUAGGCCACGUGUAUGUCAAGUGGAUCAAGGGGGCUUGUGGACCUUAUUUCAUUAAAACCAUGAAUUCCUACACCGGAGUCAGUCUGAGCCAGGGGUUAUGCUAUAAUAUAUGUGUUGGGGCCGGGCAGCCACAAGGCAUGCACAUGCUAGCAGCUGGAGACAGAGAAUUUUUGCAAAUAUUCCAAUUCUGGGAGCUUGAAAAUCUAAUUUUGAAAUGUUGAUUCCUGUGAUGUCAGGUCACAAUUUUCCUGACUCAAAGAAGAGAAAAAGAAAGUAUAUGCGUAAAGACAAUCUGUCUGUUUUUAUUUCAGCAACUAACUCUAGAUUUACUGCUCAAUUUAUGGUACCCACGACUGAUUUCUUUCAUACUUUUAUUAGUUUCCAUUCCCCCACAACCUUUUUCUGCUCACCCACCUGUUUCCCAUUCCCACUCUUUGUUAGCACUGCAUUUUCUUUUUAUGUCCUCAAAGAGAAACCUCACAAAGUACCAGCCAAUGUUGAGCACUCAGACCAGGAACUGCAAUGAAAGCCUGUCGCAGAGAGCAGACACAUUUAUUGUAUUAAUCACCCCGGUGCUUGAAGCAGCAGCACUCAGAUGCCCACGCAGGCAGCAGAGGAAGGCUAAAGGCAGUGAGCACAGCAGAUCCGGCACCGUCUCUGUAGGGCUGGCUGGAGGAAGUCAGCAUCACUCAUCCGAGUGUCUCCAGCUACCUCAUCUCAUCCCAGUCCCUCCAGGAAGGAGCCGAUACAGUGCUCUGAUGGCUUUGUCCCACCUGCAGAGGCAACGGAAGGCUGUCGGAUCAUCCCUCCGUAUUGAUGUGAUGCAGCCAUCAGCAAACAGCCUUGUUGCCCUGGGUGCUGUGUGAGCCAUCCCCGCCUUGCAGAGAUCAUAGCCUGCUGUCACACAAAAUGUGGAGUGAAUGAGUGAGGAGAGAGGUGAGGGAAGGGAGUCCGAACUGAUCCAGGCAUCAUCCCACCAUGGUGGCUACCAACCAAACCAGCCUGCAGCCUGCCUCCUUCCUUCUGCUGGGCAUGGAAGGCCUGGAGGACCUGCACACCUGGCUCUCCAUCCCCUUCUGCCUGAUGUAUGUCGCCACGCUCCUUGGCAACUUUGCCCUCUUAUUUGUCAUUGUGACGGAGCGAAGCCUCCAUGAGCCGAUGUACCUCUUCCUGGCCAUGUUAGCAGUGGCAGAUCUCAUAUUGUCUUCUUCCACAGUGCCCAAAGCCCUGAGCAUAUUCUGGUCCCUUUCCAAUGAGAUGUCUUUCCAUGCCUGCCUUACCCAGAUGUUUUUCACACACUUCAGCUUCAUUGUGGAGUCGACCGUUCUGCUGGCCAUGGCGUUUGACCGGUACGUUGCGAUCUGCAAUCCCCUGCAAUAUGCCACGGUGUUCACACACUCAGUGAUAAUGAAGAUAGGGGUGGCUGCAAUAGCCAGGAGCUUCUGUGUGAUGUUCCCAACAAUAUUCCUCCUUCAGAGGCUGCUGUACUGUGGACACAGCAUCAUGCCACACACCUACUGCGAGCACAUGGCCAUUGCCCGGCUGGCCUGCAGCGACAUCUCCGUGAACAUCUGGUACGGCUUUGCCACCACCCUUCUGUGCCCAGGACUGGACGUUGUGCUCAUUGGGGUGUCAUACAGCCUCAUUCUCAGGGCUGUCUUCAGGCUCUCUUCCAAGGAGGCCCAGGUCAAGGCAGUUGGCACCUGCAGCUCUCAUGCCUGUGUUAUAUUGAUGUUCUACGUGCCAGCAUUUUUCUCAUUUUUCACUCUGCGGUUUGGCCACAACGUCCCCCACCAUGUUCAUAUCCUGUUGGCCAAUCUCUACGUGCUCCUACCACCCAUGCUAAACCCCAUUGUCUACUCAGUGAAAAACAAACUAAUCAGAGAAAAGGUGUCCCAAAUACUUUUUAGGACUCGGAAAUUGUGGUGACAAGGAUGCUAUUCCCCUGAAAGGAAGAGAAGUUGUCUGUACAAGGGAAGCAGAGUGCAUGUGUGUGAAAUAACAUGGCUUCCUCCUUUUUUAGACUCAGCACAACACCAUUACUGAUCAAUUUUGCUGCUUAUGAGAUGUUUCCUCAGAAUAAAUCCCAUCACCAUUAGAAAAGGAGAAAUUAGUUGUGAACCAUAUACCAGAAUUUUAUCUUAUGUAAUCUGGUGUUACCCCAUGAACUCAGAGCUUUAUCAGGGGGUUGAUUGCAACACACCACAAGGCCCGGAGAAGCAACUGGAACAGAGCUGGCUUCUGUGUGUUCAUCCACCUCUGCCUUUGGUGUCCAAUGUGGCCAAAUGAAGGAAAGUCCCACUGCACAACCAGAGCCGAAGGAAUUCCUGCAUGCAAUUAGGAAACCACUGAUCUUCAAGGUCUGGUCUUGAUCAUGUAUGUCUUGUCCUUAUUACCAUCUCUGGUGGUACACAAUAAAUGAAUGGAUUAACAAUGCGUGUGUUACUAA